AUGGUUGUGGCAGAACCUUCAUUUUGUGUUCAGUUACCCAUUUUGAUGAUCAUUGUCCUGUUGGAAGAUCCAACCAUGCAGAGGCAGUCAGGUAGAGAUUGCAGCAUUGAAAGUCUUCCUCUUCCACAUCACGAGCAGCACCAGUGGCUGUUCUUUCACAAGGACUCACCAAAGAAUAACUACAAGCUUUAGGAACCGUUCAUUACCCUGUUCAACCACACAAUGACCUUCAGCCACCUCUCUCACCUGCCCCUUACCACGCAGCACCUGGAGGGCCUCAGCGCACAAACACACCUGCUGCCUCUGUCCACAAAGAAACAGCUGAGGAGAACUCAGACUCCUGUGGUGUAUGUCCAUUUGUUCUGCGCCCCACCGUCUGAAAGAGAUUUUUAUGUUCAAGAGCUGAUGCAGCACAUCAGGCUGCUCAAAUUAGGCGCUGUGGUAUACGUACUAUACAGAGCUCCUAACAUACACAUGUGAUUGCCAGAUAACAGGAGCGCAGAUGUCAAUCCCAAUGACCCGCCGAAGAAGCUCGCUCAGUAUUUAAAGUGAUUGGACAAGAAUGACAGUCAAUAUCUGAAAUACCUGGAGUGGAAGCAGAAGUGUGUCCGGAUGACAGAGCUGAAGGACAGACCGUGGGGUGUUCAGGAUACUGGUCAAGAUAACUUUAUUGAUGCCUUUGAGUGCUUGGCGUGCAACAGAAUGUUGGAGAAUAUCCACAGACAGGAAAAUCUUCGCUUGAAUUAA